CACUCACCAAAGCAUCACAUACACUUUUGCUUCUCUUCUUAUUAUCUUUAAACUAAUUUUCCUCUUUAGCUUUUCCAUUUCGAAAUGGCCACCGUUGAGGUUGAACAAGUGGUAGCUCCAGCAACAGCUGAGAACGUUGAGGUACCCACAAAGACAGUGGAGGAGCCAGUGGUCGAGACAGAGCAGCCCGAAGAAGUCGCCGCCGUGACAGAAUCUGCUCCUACUCCGGCCGCCGUAACAGAGCAAGAAGCCGAAGCACCCGUCGUAGAAACGAGCAAAGAAGUGGUUGUGGAAGAGGCAGAGAAAAAAGAUGAAGAAACAGAGGAGUCGAAGGUAGAAGAGGAAGAGGAGAAGACAGAUGUGACGGAAACUCCAGUGGUUGUGGAGGAGGCAAAGAUAGAGGAGAAAGAGGAGGUGACAGAAACUCCGGCGGUUGUGGAGGAGGAGAAGAAGACUGAGGCAGAGGAAGUUCUUGCUGCAGCGGAAGUCGCCGUCGAGAAGGCAGCGUAAAGAGGAAGAAGCUAUAUAUUACCUUCUUUGGUCUCAUUUCGGUUUUUAAUAUUUUAUUGUAUCAAAAUUUCAUAACUCUUUUCUAUCGUUUGUUGGGUUUUUUUAUGAUGAAAUCGGAUGUUUGUAUCAUUAAAUGUCUUAGUGGUUGCUACAUUGUAAACCUAUGAACCGAUGGAGAACAAUAUUAAAAUAUAUCUAUCAUUUUAUUGUAAACGUAAAA